GAAAAUAAUAAUAAAGAAUCGAAUACGUUAUAACAAUAACAAUGUGCUAAUUAUAGAGAGUGGAUAAUAAGAUUGCCAUGCUGGAUGUAACCCCGUGCCGUUCCAGGUAAACGAGGCUGUCUUCUAAACGAUCUCGUCAUUCAUCGAGUAUUUAAAUACACGAGUAUUCGUCAUUGUCUGGUUCCGGGUAGACGUUCGGGAAUUCAAGUUGGGAAGAAGAGUCCUUUUUGGCGACGAUAUGCUCGCAAAGUAGCACGCCAAGUUCGACAUUCUUCCUGCUGAGGCUGUCCGCACCAUGUUGUGCAGGUGAGCCGGUGGGAGGCGCUGACCGGUGGCGACGGCGGCCAUGCGCCCCGGUCCGCCAUCACCGAGCUGCCGCAGGCCUCCCCGUCGUCGCCAGCCCCGGCUGAUCGCAGCCUGCAGCUUUCAGGUGCUUUUGGCCCUUCUCCUCGCGGCCGCUCCCUCCCUCCUCGCCGACGCACCCCUUCAGCUUGCACAGACGGGCGAGCAAAAGGUGCAGCCGAAGAUCGCCGAGAGAGGUCCGCUCAAUCUCACCAUCGGCUACCUCGCCGCCAUCAAGGGUGACCUGAGCGACCGCAAGGGGUUGGCCAUUUCCGGCGCAAUAUCCAUCGCCCUCGACGAGAUAAAUUCAGAUGAUAAUAUUUUGCCGAACGUAACGCUGGUGAUGCGAUGGAAGGACACACGCGGCGACACGGUGGACGCAACUCGGGCGAUGAUCGACAUGAUCUGCGACGGUGUUGUCGCCUUCUUUGGCCCGGAGGGAUCCUGUUACGUCGAGGCAAUCGUCGCUCAAUCUCGGAACAUACCGAUGAUAAGCUACAAAUGCUCGGACUCGAAAGCAUCGGCGGUCGCAACUUUUGCGCGGACGGAACCGCCGGACACUCAAGCUUCGAAGUCUGUCAUCGCGUUGUUGCUGCAUUACAAUUGGGACAAGUUUUCUAUAAUAACGGAAAAAUCGUGGGCGACAGUUGCUUACUCGUUGAAAGAUCAGGCAGCUAAGCACAACCUUACUGUAAACCACUUCAAACCUGUCGAAGACCGGCACAUUUGCUGCGAACAGAGAUUGCCUUGCUGCGGAAACGAUUGGUUUCAACUGAUACAGGACACCAAAAACAUGACUCGCAUUUAUAUUUUCCUUGGGUCAGCCUCAUCCCUGGUAGACUUGAUGAAUUCAAUGCAAAAUCAAAGAUUGUUGGACGAUGGAGAAUAUAUGGUAAUACAUGUUGACAUGAUGACAUAUUCUCAACGAGAAGCAGAGAAGUACUUAUGGAGACCGAACAGUUUUGAUACUUUACGAAAUUGCUUGGAGCCAAAGGAUUUUUUGAAAAAGGCUCGAUCACUUCUGGUUGUUGCCGCUACAUCGCCGACUUCGGACUAUGAAGUAUUUACUAAAAAAGUUAGCGACUACAACGUAAAGGAACCCUUUCAUUUCCCUAUUCCUUCACUCUUCAAACAAUUCGAAAAGCACGUAUCUAUUCACGCGGCCUAUCUUUACGAUUCAGUAAAAUUAUAUGCUCAGGCCUUGGAUCAACUCAUUAGGGAGCACCAAGAUCUUAGCGUCGAAGAGAUUGCCAGCAAUGGCACUCGGAUAAUAGAGACGAUCAUCAAAAGGCACACUUACGAUAGUAUUAGCGGGGCGACGAUAAAACUGGAUGAAAACGGAGAUUCGGAGGGAAAUUUCUCCGUUCUUGCUCUGCAAAAAUCACCUAUGAAGCGAGAUAAAUUUUCAUGCGAUUACCAAAUGAUUCCCGUCGGACAAUUUCAACAGGGUGAAACUAUAAUAUACAGGCCUGUCAAGUCGAUGGAUUGGCCUGGUAAAAACAAACCGGAGUCAGAACCCGGCUGUGGUUUUCUGAACGAACACUGUCCGAUAAUUGAUACGUAUUCGCGGAGCAUUAUCGCGGCAGGAGUACUGGCUGCCUUGCUAUUUUGCGCCGGAGUUAUUGCCCUGAGUAUAUAUCGAAGGUGGAAAAUCGAACAGGAGAUAGAAGGACUGCUGUGGAAAAUUGAUCCGGGUGAAAUUCACGGCUACCCUCAUCUGGACAACAUGAUGUCAUCCCCUAGCAAAUUAAGUUUAGUUAGUGCCACAUCAUACGAAUCCAGGUGUGGAGGGCAAGUAUUUGCACAGACUGGUCAUUACCAUGGGGUAGUUGUACGGAUAAAGGAACUGAAAUUCUCAAAAAAGAAAGACACUCCGCGAGACGUGAUGAAGGAAAUGCGGGUACUUCGUGAAAUAAGACACGGAAACCUAAACUCUUUUAUCGGAGCCUGCGUCGAACCCAUGAGAAUAUUGCUAAUUACUGACUAUUGUGCCAAAGGUAGUCUGUAUGACAUAAUUGAAAAUGAGGAUAUCAAGCUGGACGAUAUGUUCAUUGCGUCGUUAGUUCAUGAUCUCAUCAAGGGCAUGCUGUACAUUCACGAGUCAUCCGUGCUGGUCUGUCACGGUAAUCUCAAGUCUUCUAACUGCGUAGUAACGUCACGUUGGGUCCUUCAAGUCUCAGAUUUUGGUCUCCACGACAUGCGUCACUGCGCUGAAUCUGACAGCAUCGGGGAACAUCAGUAUUUUCGAAGCUUAUUUUGGAAAGCACCAGAAUUACUGAGGAAUCCCAACGCACCGAUACGAGGAACUCAGGAAGGAGACAUAUAUUCGUUUGCUAUCAUAUUGUUUGAAAUAAUCGGGCGGAAGGGACCGUUUGGAGGGGUAAAUCUAGAGCCCAAAGAAAUCAUAGAUCGAGUAAAGAGAUACCCGGAAGAAGGAGAGCCGCCGUUUCGACCGAACAUUGACAUAUUGUCAGAUUCCGAAACGGGAUCUAGCGAUUACAUAGUCAAUACUAUAACCGACUGCUGGGCAGAGAGCCCCGAACUUAGACCCGACUUCAAAAUGAUAAGGACACGCUUGAAGAAGAUGAAAGCAGGCAGACACAGAAAUAUAAUGGACCAGAUGAUGGACAUGAUGGAGAAAUAUACUAACAACCUCGAAGAUCUAGUCAGUGAGCGUACGCGCCUUCUCUUCGAGGAGAAACAAAAAACCGAAGAUCUCCUCCACAGAAUGUUACCUGAACCUGUUGCCAAUUGUCUAACAAACGGCAUUGGAGUUGAGCCAGAAGCUUUCGAUUUAGUCACAAUAUACUUCAGUGACAUUGUAGGAUUCACUGCAAUGUCAGCUGAGAGUACACCCUUUCAGGUUGUUAAUUUCCUGAAUGAUCUGUACACUUUAUUUGAUCGUAUCAUUAAAGGAUACGAUGUCUACAAGGUUGAAACGAUCGGAGACGCCUACAUGGUGGUUUCCGGCCUCCCAAUUAAGAACGGAAACAAACACGCCGGUGAAAUAGCAUCGAUGUCCCUGGAAUUGUUGAAUGCUGUUAAACAUCACACAAUAGCUCAUCGGCCGAACGACACGCUUAAACUCAGGAUUGGAAUUCACACAGGCCCUGUGGUAGCCGGUGUGGUCGGUCUGACAAUGCCGCGGUAUUGUUUAUUUGGAGACACCGUGAAUACAGCGUCGCGAAUGGAAUCUAAUGGGGAACCUCUCCGGAUACACAUUAGCGCCCAGUGCAAGGAAGCCCUCGACAAAGUCGGCGGAUAUAUCAUCGAGGACAGGGGAUUCGUUAAUAUGAAGGGAAAGGGCGAGGUCAAGACAUACUGGCUGGUUGGAGCGACUGAGAAAGCCAUUCAGAAAAGAGAGGUGGAUCUCGGAGAGCUUCCACCGCCUCUAUUUUGUCGGCCCAGAAGAAGCCCCAAGUUUAAUCCUGAAUCAAGACAAGCAUCGCUUUUGGCAGGCCUUGGAGGAGGUGGCAGUAGAAGACAGUCUAGCGUGCCUAGGCCGGGAAAUACGGAUGAUUCGUCCUCCCAGCACGGAGGAUCGAGUCCUGUACCACGUUCUGUGACGAGGAAGCUGGAGCGGGCUCCUCUCUACUUGCUGGAUAGCUUGAUGAGUGCCUCGAAAAUGACAUUAGAUAACAUUGCACUGCCUAAGGAUGUGGAUACUAGAGCUGCAAACGUGAAGCUUGCACUCGACGACAUGUUCGUCGACGUCAAACCGAAGUUUCGUAAGAACGCCAGAGUGUUAUCGACGAUAGCCGCAUCGUCUUCGACAAGUGAUUAUCCGUCACCGACAAUCUUGAGAGAAUCUCGAUCGCUGGACCCAUUCCCGAUGGAACGGCAGUGCAGUCGGAAGCUCGAAUCUCCGAAUAUUUCUACCAAGGAAAAUAAAAAGAGUUUCAGAUCUUUGGAGAAUUGUGAUAAGUGCACGAAGACUACAUCGAAAACAGACGUAUCAACCGAUAAAGUGUUGAAUAACAAUUACCCUAAUGGCAAUGUGAUAAUAGUGCCUAGAACAGACAAUGUAACUAGUGAUGUAGAGACUCCGUUACUAUCAGGUGACGGAAGUUGCGUAGGAGAAUUAGUGCCUGUGAAACGAUGGCGUUCGCUAGAUCAAGUUGUACCUACUCCGAGUACAGGGGAUGUUCCUGACAAAAAAUCGUCGGCAAGGAACUCUAUAAGGAGUUGGCUGGUGAAUCUUUUCAAUGGAAACGGCUUGAGAAGUAGCGACGCGUCUCUGCGGAGGGGAGUGAUAACAGGGUACGACAUACAGUCGGAAAGGGAGAGUAUAGUUUGAUGAUUCUCUUUCCUGUUGCAAUUUUUUUGUUUUUUCCUUCCGCCUUUUUGUAUAUAACUAAAUGUGACUACGUGAAAAUGUAGAUCAGUUGAAAAUGCAAAGGAUCGUCGAAGUAAUUUUAUUGUUAUGAGUCAUAAGCAUGAUGAUUAUCUGUUGCCAUUUUAGCUUACAAUUUAGGUAUGUGCAAUUUAUGUAUAUGAAAGUUACCGUCAGUGUAUAUUUUUAAUAUGAUAAAGAUAUUUUAUAACUUGUAUUAAAAUGAGCGUUGAAUGAUGAAGUUGAUGGUGAUGAUGCGGUUAAUACAUAGUGCGGGACUGUUACUAUGUUUAUAAAAUUAGUUUUAAAAUACCUAAGCGUGUAACGAGAAAUAAGAAAAAAAAAAAAAUAUUUUAUGAAAAUCAUUCUAACCAAAGUAUACAAA